AUGGUGGAAGUCUCUCUCAGAGAUUGCGACGCCAGGCGAACUCAGCAUUUAAUCAAAGCGCUUUCCACCGACUCCAGACACGUCCAACAGGCACAGCCUGAGCUGAGCAAAUCCCAGGCCCAAGCGAAGGAGAAGAGAAUAACUCCUACGAACCCUCUUAUCAAGAAAACUCCACAAAUUUUUAAGAUGAUUCCGAUAGUGAAACCAAUUCUACGAAUGAUGAACGGACAACCUGGGUGA